AUGACCCUCCUAUGCUUCCAACCUGCCGCUACUGCUGCGGCCUCUCCAACCAACGAGACAGAUCGUGUGGCUCUACUCAAAUUCAAAGAAAUGAUACCCAAUGACCCAUUUAACAUCUUCACCUCUUGGAAUGAUUCCAUCCACUUGUGCAACUGGCAGGGAGUUACAUGCGGCCGCAAGCAUCAAAGAGUUACGGGCUUGGAACUAUCGGGCUAUACCUUAGGUGGAUCCAUAUCACCUUACAUUGGCAACCUCAGCUUUCUUAGUUUCGUCAACUUCUCAGGCAACUUCUUACAUGGCGAAAUUCCACAACAACUCACUCAUCUCUUCCGGCUGAAACGUCUCAAUCUUAGCAGUAACUUGUUAGCAGGGGAAAUUCCAAGCAACUUCACCAACUGUCCUCAACUCAGAUUCUUGGACUUCAAAAUGAAUAAUCUUACUGGGAAUAUUCCUGUUGAGUUGGGCUCUUUAAAGAGGCUUGUGUUUCUUGGCGUUUCCACAAAUCAUUUGACAGGAGGCAUCCCACCUUCUCUGGGAAAUGUUUCUUCACUCCAAGCACUUGACUUCUCGCUUAAUUAUUUCGUGGGAAAUAUUCCAGAUGAAAUGGGUCAUUUGCAAAGGUUAGUUUACUUCGGAGUUGUGGAAAAUGAUAUGUUUGGUACGUUCCCUUAUUCCUUUUUCAAUAUAUCAACUCUGAAGAGCAUUGAAGUCGGAGGUAAUAACCGACUUAAUGGCACUCUUCCAGCCAAUAUAGGCCUCACUCUCUCUAAUCUCCGAAACUUGAACAUCGGUUAUGACGAAUUCUCUGGUCCAAUCCCAGUUUCACUAUCCAAUGCUUCCCAGCUUGAAUUUCUUUAUCUUUCCGCAAACAAUUUCGUGGGACAAGUUCCAACUGAUCUAGGCAACCUGCAAAAUCUCUUUGUUUUAGCUAUUGGUGGAAAUAAUCUUGGAAUUAAUUCAGCCAAGGACUUGGAUUUCUUAACAUCUUUGGAAAACUGCACCAAACUGGAAGCGCUAGAUUUUUCUCUUAACAAUUUUGGAGGUAGUUUACCUGAUUCUAUAGGAAAUUUGUCGAAACAACUCAGUGGUUUAUAUGUUGGUGGCAAUCAAAUAUCUGGAAUUAUUCCUGCAACAUUAGAGAAUCUCAUCAACUUAAGAAUCUUCGGCAUGGAGGAAAAUCUGUUCACAGGCACCAUUCCCACUUAUUUUGGGAAGUUACAAAAGUUGCAAGGAUUGUUUUUUUCUGGAAAUAGAUUGUUGGGGGAUAUACCAUCAUCUCUAGGCAACCUCACUCGAUUGGUCGAUCUUAAUUUAUAUCAGAACAAAUUGGAAGGGAGCAUUCCAUCAAGUUUUGGAAACUGCAAGAGUUUGCAGCUUUUAAAUAUUUCAAAAAAUAACCUUAGCGGAGCCAUACCCGAAACGAGUCUUUCUACUCAAUUACUAAGACUCGACUUAUCACACAACUCAUUAACGGGCAUCCUACCUAUGGAAGUAGGCAAUUUGAAAAAUAUUUACUAUUUUGAUGUCUCUGAAAACAAUUUCCUUGGUGAGAUUCCUGAAACCAUUGGAAAUUGCUUGAGUUUGCAGAAUCUUUACUUGCAAGGUAAUUCGUUUGAAGGAAACCUUCCUCCAUCUUUGGCAUCCUUGAAAGACCUUCACUAUGCAAAUCUUUCACGAAACAACUUUUCAGGAAUAAUUCCCAAAGAUCUACAAAAAGUUUCUGUUCUGUUGUAUUUGAAUCUUUCAUUUAACAAUUUGGUGGGGGAGGUACCAACCGAGGGGGUCUUUCGAAAUACAAGUGGAAUAUCAGUGAUAGGAAAUAAAAAGCUUUGUGGAGGUAUCCGAGAACUAAAACUACAAGCAUGCCAUGUCGAAGUUAUGAAGGAAGAAAAAUCUCAUGUAUUCAAAUUAACUGCCAUAAUUGUUAGUGGGGUUUUAUGUUUUAUUCUAUUUUCAUCAUUUCUUGUCCUUUAUAGGCGGAGAAAAUCAAAAAAAGAAUCAUCUUCUACACUCCCCAAAACCAACUUUCUUUCAAAUGUUUCUUACAAGGAGCUUUAUCAAACUACUGACGGAUUUUCUCCUACCAAUUUAAUUGGAUCUGGUAGUUUUAGCUCCGUAUAUAAAGGAAUUAUUGGUCAAGAAAAAAAGAUGGUUGCUGUGAAAGUACUGAACCUUCAACAAAAAGGAGCUUCCAAAAGUUUCAUAGCGGAAUGCAAUGCGUUAAGAAAUAUACGGCAUCGAAAUCUUGUGAAGAUCUUAACUUGUUGCUCAAGCGUGGACUAUAAUGGCAAUGAAUUCAAAGCACUAGUUUACGAAUUCAUGGCAAAUGGAAACUUAGACAAGUGGCUGCACCAUGAUAGAGACAGUGGAAGCCCACCAAGCUAUUUGAACCUCCUUCAACGACUAAAUAUUGCGAUUGAUGUAGCUUCUGCACUAAAUUAUCUUCAUGAUCAUUGUGAAAUACCAAUCAUUCAUUGUGAUUUGAAGCCAAGCAAUGUUCUUCUUGACGAUGACAUGAUUGCUAAAAUAAGUGAUUUUGGUUUGGCAAGAAUCCUCUCUACAACAAAUGAUGUUUCCCAAAAUCAAACUAGCACAGUUGGAAUAAAGGGUACUAUUGAGGCUGACUUCUAA